AUGGAUGGGAUACCACAGGACAUGACUGAAGACGACGUAGGUCUUUUCCAUUCAUUGGGUAACAUUGCAAGCCAUGUCUGCAUGCAUCAAGAGGCUUACUUGUUGUUAUCUGUGCCACAGGUCUCAGCAGAACUUCGAGAUGCAUACCAUCUUGAAGAACUUGAAGAUGUUCGGGUGAUUCGGGAUAGACAAACCAAGUUAUCACGAGGACUAGGGUUUCUCCGAUUUGGAUCUCUCGAAGAAUCGCGGGACUUUCUUGAACGAAACCAUCCCUACAUCUACUUCUACGGCCCAACGGCCGGCCACGAUGAUCGAGCCACCAAAGUUCGCAUUGCAUACAGCCGUGAGCGGGAAGACCGAGCUCGAGCCAAAGCCGAAGGCGACUGGACCUGUCGCAUGUGUGCAGUCGUCAAUUUUGCAACGCGUCCUAAGUGCUUCCGCUGUAAUGCUCCCCGUCCAGAAAUCUCAGUGGCACCUGUAAUCAACAAUGGUGACAAUGAUGCGGCGCCUGAAAACCAGCCGUCUCAGUUCCUGCUUUUCCGAGGUCUUGAUUCAUCCGUGUCAGAGGACCUGUUGGCCAAGGGUGCUGCGAAGCUUUAUCGACCAAGUUCGAGCAAUAACGAGAUAACUUCAAACAGUUCGAAGAAGGGGGCAAAAGUUGCAUCAACAACCGGUGACUCAAACUUGGGAGCCCGAGAGGGCUCCAUUCGCCGUGUCUUACUCGUCCGCGACCGGAAGACUAAUGAGAGCUGGCGCUACGGAUUCGCUGAGUUCGCGAAUGUGAUGGAUGCCCAGGCUGCUAUUCAGCGGUUGAACUCCUUUGUCAAGUUCACCAUCUCCUCCAAACCGGUCAUGGUCAGCUACAUACACGCAGGCGUGUUUGUACCAGUCAUGAGCCCCAACUCUCACACUGAGCGGUUCACUUUCAGUCCGCUAAACAAUCCCUCUGCGAAGCUCAUGUAUUGGGACGAUGAAGGUUAUGUGACGGAGCUAGCGGUCUCUUCGGGAGUGACGGAGCCCAGAUGGAUCAGCAAGACGGGGUCGAAAGAUAGCGAGAAAUCGAAAAAGAGAAAGGCAGAGGCAACUGCCAGUGGUACGGCAAAGAAGACAGCCAUGCCUGCUCAACUCCAGUUCUGGAGCAAUCGUCAUGCAGAGCUUCAUGGCAUUCCCAAGGAUAGCGAUGGAAACCCUCUGCACGACCAGGACGACUCGGCUCUAGAUCCAGGCGCCCCGCCUACGCAGUCUUACGCAGAUGUCCAGCGCAAUGCUUGCUAUUUGUGCCUACGACAAUUCAAGAGUACCGCCAACGUCCACAGACACGAGCGCCUCAGCGAGCUCCACCGAGCAAACCUGCAGAAUGAAGCGCUUGUAGCCCGGGGAACGGCCAAGUUGAUCAAGCACGGUAUCAUUCCACCAACAGCCGAAUACCGUGAUCGCGCUAGAGAACGUCGGAAGGCAUUUGGGCCAGGUAAAGCCAAAACCAAUGCAACAGCGAAAGCAACAGCACCCAGAAAAGAAGAAGACGCUCCAGUUCAGACAACCUCUAAGGGCGCCUCGCUUCUUAGUAAGAUGGGUUGGUCAGAGGGUUCCGGCUUAGGUGCUCAAGGUACGGGUGUCACCGCUCCCAUUGCUACCGAGGUGUAUGCCCAGGGCGUCGGACUCGGCGCCCAGGGAGGCAAGAUCGGCGACGCGGUUGAAGAGGCUGCUCGCAAUACUCGCGGUCGAUAUGACGAGUUUUUGGAGAAGACCAAAGAGAAUGCUCGCCAACGGUACGACAGGCUGGGCGAAUGA